AUGACCGCGUGGAUCGUCCGGGAGGCGGCAAAGUUCGACGCCGUCGGCGUUUUCCGCCCGGCGCCCGCUGCGCCGGUCGGGGCAGACGCGGGCGUGCCGCCUGUGAGCGGCUUCGACGACCUCAUGUCCGACGCGCGCAUACCCCGCGCGCAGGCAGACGCCUUGCUGGCGGAUGUCCGCGCGAUGGGUGCGGUUGCCGUGGACGAGGUGCUCCCCGCGGACUGGGUCCGUCUGAAUUCGUGGGCCUUGCUGCAGGUGCUCUCAGGCUUUGAAGUGGUGCUCACAGCCGUCCUGGUGCUCAUGGCCAUUGGCGUGGACGCCGAUGCCGUCGAAACCAAAGCCAUCCGGGACGCCUUGAAGGCCGUCUUAGUAGGCAAGGACUUGAAACGCAUUUCGUUGCGUGAGCGUCGCCGCCAGGUCGCUUUGAAACUCGGUUUGCAAGAACAUGCUUUGGACCAACGCAAGCACGAGUUCAAGAGCCUGACAACCGACGUCGUUUCGGGAACGCAGCCCGACCAGGACGCCGCGUCGCCUCUGGAGACCGUGUUGGCUGAGGCCGAGAAGCUGGACUCGUUGCAGUGGGUCUACUUGGUGACCAUAUCGCGCGUCCUGGACGCGACCCUUCCCGACGGCCGCCAGCACCGCGAUCUUGGCACGAUGAGCCGGGAGGACAUCGGAAAAGCAGUGGACGACGCAUUCAACAAUCCGAUUCCGACUGGGUCCGCGGGCGGCCGCCCUAGGAAGGAACCGGACGGCCAAGCGCUCGUGUCCAUGGCGGUGGUGUUCCAGGAGAAGCACAAAGACGGCGCGAUCCAUUUCCACGUUGCUGUGAAGCUGACUAGGUCGGGCCGUUUCCAGCAGGCCAAGCGCACUCUGCGUGAGCGCCAUUUGUUGCCGAGCCAUUUCUCUGGUUCCCACCAGCGAAUGUGGAGCGCCGUGAGGUACGGGUAUAUGGAGACCCCAGCCAAACCAGAUGUCGACGACGCCCCGUGGGUGUGGCAGCCAGACUGGGCCAGGUUCGCGCGCGAGAACGACGCCAUCGACCUCUUCGAGAUGUCGCAGGCCACGGACAAGGCGGCCGGGGCGAUGGGCGCGAAGACGACGUUCGACCUCGUAGACUUGACCUCGACCAUCAUCGCCAAGCACUUGUGGACGAAGGGCAGCCUGAUGGCGUACGUCCAGGACCGCGGGACGAAGGCCAUGCAGCGGUUCGUCCGCAGCCGAGUGCGCAAGCUGACGGCUGACCUUGAGGAGACGAAGGAGUGGGCGUCUGCCCGCGAGAUCGCGGCCUUCGAGGCGGUGGACGAUUGGUCCACAACCGGCCGUACCGUGGAGACCAUCUUCUCCCGCAACGCCGCUUCUUUCGACGUUCGGGAGCUCGCGGCGUCUCUGCGGGACAUUCUGAUGGUCGGCCCGAAGAAGACGACGGGGGUGCCCUUCCUGGUGGGGCCGUCGAAUUCCGGGAAGAGCACGGUAGUUUACCCUUUCGACGACUUGUUCACUCCGAAACGGGUUCUGCACAAGCCUACCUUGGGCUCCUCCUUUGGACUCCGGAACCUGGCCAGCGGCACGAAGCGGUUCAUCUUCUGGGGCGACUUCCGGCCGGUUGAGUUCGCCCACGAGAAGACCGUCCCCGUCUCUUUGUUCCUGUCUCUGUUCGUCGGCCAGCACACCGAGAUCCAGGUUUCCCAGUCCUUCAACGACGGGAACAAGGGCGUCUGCUGGAACCACGGCGCCGUUUUCACGGGCAAGCUGGAGGGCCUCUGGGAGACGACGAAUAAGGUGGGUGCGGAGGACAUCCGGCACAUGCAGAACCGCGCGAGGCAGUUCCCAUUCACCUCCGUCUUGUCGGACGGCUCCUUGAAGGACGUACUCUCGUGUGCUCCGUGCACGACCGCGUGGAUCGUCCGGGAGGCGGCAAAGUUCGACGCCGUCGGCGUUUUCCGCCCGGCGCCCGCUGCGCCGGUCGGGGCAGACGCGGGCGCGCCGCCUGUGAGCGGCUUCGACGACCUCAUGUCCGACGCGCGCAUACCCCGCGCGCAGGCAGACGCCUUGCUGGCGGAUGUCCGCGCGAUGGGUGCGGUUGCCGUGGACGAGGUGCUCCCCGCGGACUGGGCCCGUCUGAAUUCGUGGGCCUUGCUGCCCCGCUCCAGAAGCGCAGACGUCUUGGGCAAAUCGGCUCUCCGGACUUUGAGGCUGCCCGAAGCCGCCCGUCUUGAGGGCGGCGUCAAGAGCGAGAUGGCGCCCCACCUCAGCAAGAGGGAGCUCGACCGCUGCUUCUCGCUCUACGCCGCUGGGAAGAUCCCGGUGGAGAUACGCGACCUCGUUAGUCGGACCCGUGAGUCCCUCGACGAAACUGGGCCGGAUUUGACGACCGUCCGCCGGGCCCUCCGGGGCGCCGCGCACAGGCGUGGCCCAGCGGAGACUCGCGGCCGCAAGCCCAAACUCACGGCCGUCAAGCUCCGCGCCUUGAACAACGCGCGGGUUCGUUUGAUUCGGGCGGCCAAGGGCGAGGCCGAGGUUCACCUCAAGGACGUGAUGAUGGCCGCGCGGGUCUCCGACGCCCACAAGGGCACGGCCUCCAGGCACUCCAAGCGCCUCGGGGUCACCUGGCGCGCUCCCCGCGCGGAGCCGCUCCGCGGCUCCGCGGAGGCGGAGGAGCGCGUGGCCGCGCGUUCGGGGUGGAAGCGGCUCCCGGGCAACUAUUUCACGCACCAGGUCGAUGCCAUCAUCGACAAUAAAGUGUUCCCCAGCCCCAUGACCAAGCGGGCGAAGACGCACGCAAAGAAGAGUCGCGUUCGCGGCCACCUUCGCACCAAGGCAGAGGGGGUCCUCAAGCCUUUCACGAAGCCGAAGGGGAACCGGAACAGGGUGAAUCCAGGCGCCAAGGUUCACGUGGCCGCAGCCAUCGUGAACAACAAGGUCCGCGUCUGGCACUACCUGCCCACCCUGUGGUGCGCCGACGCAGCCUGCGAUUUCUACGCGGGCGUCCUCGCUCCCGCGCUUCGCCGUUGCCGGAAGGGGCACCGCGCCUUCCGCAUCCUGGGGGAUAACGACCCCACGGGGUACAAGAGCAAGAAGGCCGUUGACUGCAACCGGCGGGGUCUCAAGAUCACCCCCAUCAAGUUCCCCAAGUAUUCCCCGGACUUGAACCCCCUCGACUACUUCCUCUGGGCGGAGGUCAACCGGCGCGUCGCCACGGGCAUCCCGAAGAGCGUCAUCAGGGCAGCCGUGGCUAAGAUGAAGACGAAGGCGGCGGAGGUCGUCGUGGCCGAGGGAGGCAGGAUCCCGAGCGAUCGAGCCUGCGGCCCGGGAGCGUUGGCGCUGAUCAGCCGAGUCGGCGGCACGGUCUUUGCCACGACGCAAUUUUUCCAGCCGCGGCCGGGGAGCCAGCCGAAUCGGCGGCUCGGCCUCUGCCAGAGCGGAUUUUUCCUCAGUGACCGCCGAGAGAUUUCAGAAUUCCUGCCGCAGCGCAUGCACCGAGAAACGUGUCGUGGAUCCGUAGACUUGAAAAUCGUAGCCGUGCUGCUACUGUUCCAUCCCUGCCUUUCGGGAGGCGCUCGGCUGCCCAUGGCGAGGGCCCUGCGGUGCUCGCGACUCCUGCGCUUUACGCGCGUUUGCUUUAGUGCAGGCCCGCGCGGGACACAGUCUGCGCAUCAUUGCGGCUUCAUGUCGUUUGCACGUGUGUCCAGAACAUCGUGCAACGCGUUGCCCGCGCGUCUGAUGGCGCACGUCCAGGACCGCGGGACGAAGACCAUGCAGCGGUUCGUCCGCAGCCGAGUGCGCAAGCUGACGGCGGACCUUGAGGAGACGAAGGAGUGGGCGUCUGCCCGCGAGAACGCGGCCUUCGAGGCGGUGGACGAUUGGACGCUCGUGUGCCGCUGCGCUGAGGAGACAUGUCCCCAUGGCCCGGCGUGCUCGUACAGGUCAGCCGUGGAGACCAUCUUCUCCCGCAGCGCCGCUUCUUUCGACGUUCGGGAGCUCGCGGCGCCCCUGCGGGACAUUCUGAUGGUCGGCCCGAAGAAGACGACGAGGGUGCCCUUCCUGGUGGGGCCGUCGAAUUCCGGGAAGAGCACGGUGGUUUACCCUUUCGACGACUUGUUCACUCCGAAACGGGUUCUGCACAAGCCUGCCUUGGGCUCCUCCUUUGGACUCCGGAACCUGGCCAGCGGCACGAAGCGGUUCAUCUUCUGGGACGACUUCCGGCCGGUUGAGUUCGCCCGCGAGAAGACCCGCACCGAGAUCCAGGUUUCCCAGUCCUUCAACGACGGGAACAAGGACGUAUGCUGGAACCACGGCGCCGUUUUCACGGGCAAGCUGGAGGGCCUCUGGGGGACGACGAAUAAGGUGGGUGCGGAGGACAUCCGGCACAUGCAGAACCGCGCGAGGCAUUUCCCAUUCUCCUCCGUCUUGUCGGACGGCUCUUUGCAGGACGUACUCUCGUGUGCUCCGUGCAUGACCGCGUGGAUCGUCCGGGAGGCGGCAAAGUUCGACGCCGUCGGCGUUUUCCGCCCGGCGCCCGCUGCGCCGGUCGGGGCAGACGCGGGCGUGCCGCCAGUGAGCGGCUUCGACGACCUCAUGUCCGACGCGCGCAUACCCCGCGCGCAGGCAGACGCCUUGCUGGCGGAUGUCCGCGCGAUGGGUGCGGUUGCCGUGGACGAGGUGCUCCCCGCGGACUGGGUCCGUCUGAAUUCGUGGGCCUUGCUGCAGGUGGAGCUCGCGGCCGGUGCUGCGACCAACAGCGCUUGCCUUCGUGACUUGUUGGCGGUGCGUUAUGCCACUUCUACCAAACACGGAGGCUGUUGCGGUGAUCACCAGCCUUGUAGCGCCCACAGGCGCUUCGGCUCAAGCCGUUCUUACUUAAUGGGCUCUGAGGUGCUCUCAGGCUUUGAAGUGGUGCUCACAGCCGUCCUGGUGCUCAUGGCCAUUGGCGUGGACGCCGAGGCCGUCGAAACCAAAGCCAUCCGGGACGCCUUGAAGGACGCCGCGUCGCCUCUGGAGACCGUGUUGGCUGAGGCCGAGAAACUGGACUCGUUGCAGUGGGUAUACUUGGUGACCAUAUCGCGCGUCCUGGACGCGACCCUUCCCGACGGCCGCCAGUGCCGCGAUCUUGGCACGAUGAGCCGGGAGGACAUCGGAAAAGCAGUGGCCGACGCAUUCAACAAUCCGAUUCCGACUGGGUCCGCGGGCGGCCGCACUAGGCAGGAACCGGACGGCCAAGCGCUCGUGUCCAUGGCGGUGGUGUUCCAGGAGAAGCACAAAGACGGCGCGAUCCAUUUCCACGUUGCUGCGAAGCUGACUAGGUCGGGCCGUUUCCAGCAGGCCAAGCGCACUCUGCGCGAGCGCCAUUUGUUGCCGAGCCAUUUCUCUGGUUCCCACCAGCGAAUGUGGAGCGCCGUGAGGUACGGGUAUAUGGAGACCCCAGCCAAACCAGAUGUCGACGACGCCCCGUGGGUGUGGCAGCCAGACUGGGCCGGGUUCGCGCGCGAGAACGACGCCAUCGACCUCUUCGAGAUGUCGCAGGAGCCAUACAUGGCAGGCGUGUGGGUGAAGCGCCGGGAGGCCACGGACAAGGCGGCCGGGGCGAUGGGCACGAAGACGACGUUCGACCUCGUAGACUUGACUUCGACCAUCAUCGCCAAGCACUUGUGGACGAAGGGCAGCCUGAUGGCGUACGUCCAGGACCGCGGGACGAAGGCCAUGCAGCGGUUCGUCCGCAGCCGAGUGCGCAAGCUGACGGCGGACCUUGAGGAGACGAAGGAGUGGGCGUCUGCCCGCGAGAACGCGGCCUUCGAGGCGGUGGACGAUUGGACGCUCGUGUGCCGCUGCGCUGAGGAGACAUGUCCCCAUGGCCCGGCGUGCUCGUGCAGGUCAGCCGUGGAGACCAUCUUCUCCCGCAACGCCGCUUCUUUCGACGUUCGGGAGCUCGCGGCGUCUCUGCGGGACAUUCUGAUGGUCGGCCCGAAGAAGACGACGGGGGUGCCCUUCCUGGUGGGGCCGUCGAAUUCCGGGAAGAGCACGGUAGUUUACCCUUUCGACGACUUGUUCACUCCGAAACGGGUUCUGCACAAGCCUGCCUUGGGCUCCUCCUUUGGACUCCGGAACCUGGCCAGCGGCACGAAGCGGUUCAUCUUCUGGGACGACUUCCGGCCGGUUGAGUUCGCCCACGAGAAGACCGUCCCCGUCUCUUUGUUCUUGUCUCUGUUCGUCGGCCAGCACACCGAGAUCCAGGUUUCCCAGUCCUUCAACGACGGGAACAAGGACGUCUGCUGGAACCACGGCGCCGUUUUCACGGGCAAGCUGGAGGGCCUCUGGGAGACGACGAAUAAAGUGGGUGCGGAGGACAUCCGGCACAUGCAGAACCGCGCGAGGCAGUUCCCAUUCACCUCCGUCUUGUCGGACGGCUCCUUGAAGGACGUACUCUCGUGUGCUCCGUGCACGACCGCGUGGAUCGUCCGGGAGGCGGCAAAGUUCGACGCCGUCGGCGUUUUCCGCCCGGCGCCCGCUGCGCCGGUCGGGGCAGACGCGGGCGCGCCGCCUGUGAGCGGCUUCGACGACCUCAUGUCCGACGCGCGCAUGCCCCGCGCGCAGGCAGACGCCUUGCUGGCGGAUGUCCGCGCGAUGGGUGCGGUUGCCGUGGACGAGGUGCUCCCCGCGGACUGGGCCCGUCUGAAUUCGUGGGCCUUGCUGCCCCGCUCCAGAA